UGUUUUCACAAAGAACUUUGUGCCAAAGAAACAAGAACGUACAUCCAAUUAAAAAGAAUUAUUUUUCUUUUAUUGAUAAAACUUUUUACUCACUCGAGAAAUCUUCAAUAAGAAUGAACCGGAAAAUACACCUGUUGGUAGUUUUUGACAAAUUAUUUCUGUAACUGAACAUACCACGCAGUUGUUUACUCUUGUUCUAUCUACGCCCAACCACCCCACCAACAUUUUACAAAGCAGCUGAUCCAAAAAAUUACAAUUAUUUAUCGGUGCAAAAAUUGCUUUUAAGUGCAACACCAUUCAUAAAUCAUCCAAAAUAUACAUAAUUUGCCGAACAUUUCAUUAAAAUGGGUUCUCUGUGUUCAUCGUGUUUUGGAAGCAAUGGUGAAUCAUCUAAUUUGAUGCCUUCACCGGAAACACGUCGUCGCCAGCAGCUUGAAGCAGCGGAGCGGCGUCGUGAAGAAAAUGAGCGGAGAGGUAUUAAAAACCCCGAUAGUGUUCGACGCCAACAACAGCGUACAGAGGAAAUGGAACGUAGGGAAGAGGAGGCAGCACGAGUGGGUGGUGGUGCUCCGAACUUAAAGUGGCAAGCCGCUUAAGGAAAACUGGAUCAGAAGUUUAAAAGAGAUAUGUAUGUAAUUUUUAAGCGUGUCAUUCUAAGCAUUCAAAAUUAUUAAAAUUUCUAUAAGCAACAAAAGUGUUUAACUUGAAAAGAUAUACGUAUGUACACAUUUUUAAAAUAAUUGUUAUGCAUAUGCUAAUACUACUAUAUAUUUAUGUAUGUACAUAAGUAUGCAUAUUAGAAUAUAGUAAAAACACUAGAAUGAUAAUACGUUAGAAAAAAUAAUGGCACUCCUUCCAUCUUUCUCGUAAAAUAGUGCUCGUUACUAAAAUCAAAAUCAUAUAUGUAGGUACCUGACGUUAUUCUCUCUAAUGUAUUAUUAUACUGUGAUAAAAUAUGUAACAUUGAUAAAAAGACAUUCUUCAGCGAUCUAUGUACAUUUUAAUGUUAUUAAAUUUUUUGACUGUUGCGUUAUACUUAUAAAAAAUAUUUAUGAAACAAUACCAAAAACUAAUCGAAGCUACAUAUUCAUAUAUUAUAUAGAAAUAUCUGCAUUGUGUUUUUGUAAUUUUAUACUUAUACAAUUUCUGUGAACUAAUAAAGUAUGUUUUGUAAUUAUGCAGUGCAUGAGUUAAAAACUUAUCUUCUGUAAACGAAGAAAUCUUUAAU